CCGACGCAGGCCGCGGGCCGGGGGAGGGAGCGGCGCGGAGAGCGCCCGUAGGCCGCCGUCUCCAUGGGGAUGUGCUUUCCCUGCCCGGCGGAGUCCGCGCCGCCCUCCCCGAGCCUGGAAGAGAAAAGAACAAAGCUGGCAGAGGCUGCAGAGAGGAGACAGAAGGAGGCGGCAUCUCGGGGAAUCUUGGAUGUUCAGUCAGUGGAAGAGAAGCGAAAGAAAAAAGAAAAAAUGGAAAAGCAAAUUGCUACAUCUGGGCCCCCACCAGCAGGUGGACUUAGAAGUACUUUUCAGAGAAUGUGAACUAACUGACUACACAGGCAAGUGACCUAGGUCAUCAGAGUCCCCCGCAGAGACAGUUUCAUUUAAUCUCCUUCUUGGCCCUGCAGCUGGCGGAGACCACCAAGUAGUUGUCCGGGUUCAUGUCCCUCAGGGUUGGAGACUUGCUUUGGAUGGGAGACGUUUUGCCAUCGACGCGGGCUAUCUGCAGCAUGCGGCAGGGGUCGUGUUUCAACAGGUACCCUGCGAAGGUCUCCCACCCUCCUCCCACACGGACCAUGACGUGCUUGUUGUGCAGCAUCUGAAAUGAAAGGAGAGCCAACUGUGAAGUUCUGCAAAUAGCCACCGGACCAGCUCAGCUCCCAGGUCUGGGGAAGUCAGAGCAUUCUGUUUCUUUUGAUUUCCUGACCAUGUUUUUGCACUGAGAGCUAGAGUCUGACGUAGCCUAUGCUUUGUGAUAGAAGCCUUCUUUGGAAUCCAGAGCAAGCACCCACAGACUGUAGUUUUCUCGUGGGAUGGAGGCUCCCUGUACAGUUAUUUGAUGUGAUGCAUUUGGAGGCUGCCCUAGAACACCUGAGCUUCCACUGAGCUUUCCUCACUGCCUCUGCUCCUGUCUCCUCAAGUCAGGGCUUCAUUCUUCCCACUCAGGAAAUCUGGAAGUCUCUGCUCGUGCACUCUCUUGUUCACAAUCACUCAGAUAAUUGCUAUAAAACAGAAUUAAAACCACAUUUGGAAAAAUGGAAGUAUUUCCAAGUUAUGAGGCUUUUCAGGGACCACUGCAUGUAUUUGAAUAGAGGAAUAUUUAUGUUUUUUACUACCCUCUUCAUCUUGAUUACUUCAUUCAUUCUUGAUUACUGCAGUCCUAGGAGCCAUCCAGAGCCCCAGACUAACGAGGGUACUGGUGUGAGAAGGGAAGAAUACUUGUUUCUUUCUACUAGGAAAGCUGUCAGAGUUAUGAGGUUUGGCACCAGAAGUCAAAGCACUGACCCCUGGCUACGUGAAAUAUCCAAACACUUAAGAAGAUGAUUUGUGGCCACAAAAGUGCCUGAUGACUCCUCCUACCCACCAUGCUGUUGCCCAUCGAAGCCAUGUAGGGCCAAGAAGAGGACGAUGUGAGGGGACAGGGUCUCCUAGGUAUUGCAAAGCCUGGAGGGUGCACCAUGGCAGCUGAGAUCUGGACGUUUACAAUUCCCCUCUGGUGGUGCAGUGGGGAUGGUAUGUGGGGCCUUCAAGAAUCUGAACAAAGUUUUAUAUUCUCUCUAACCUCAUAGUUACAGACUUUGGACACAUAGUUUAAUAUUUCCUAGCAUCUUGUAAGACUCUUCAUGCACUGGACAUGAAGCAGUGUUAAGUGUUGUACAAACUCUUAAAAUGUAAUGAAUAACAGUAAGUGGACUCCUAAGAAUUACAUUAAAAGUAACUCUAAAGUUGCCUCAGUUACAGAAUUUUAGGACAAAAGAGGACUUGUGAUAUAUUUUUCAUGAGAAUUCUUGAUUUUAGCAUUAGAAUCGGGUGGCUUGAUGUAAAAUGUCCCUCUUAGGCUCCGGUGUUUCAAUACUUAAUUCCCAGUAGAUGAUGCUUUUCAGAAGUUUGUGGAGCCUUGUUGUAAGAAGUGUGUCACUGGGGACUGGGCUUGAUAGUCUAGCCAAGCUUGGUGCUUUGUGCUUUUUUAUUCCCUGCUGAUGUGAAGAUACAAUAUCAGCUGUCAUGAUGAAAAUUACCCUCAAAACCAAAAGCCAAAAUGAGCCCUUUCCCUGCAUAAACUUCUUCUGGUCAGCUGCUUUGUUCCAGCUACAAAGAAGUGACUGUUAAGAUCUGUCUGUUGCAAAGUCUUAAGAUUCAUGACUGCUUUUCCAGGUCCAGCCAGGAGCAGCUUCUUUUCUACAGAGAGGAACACUGAAGGUCAUGUUGCCAUUUAUGUGACUUGUUUAUAAUCCAGGUUUCCUGACCCCAAUCUAGUGUUUUGCCUGUGGUGGGCCCUACUCAAUAAAUGCAAUCUCUCAGGAUGUCUAACAGAUGACUUUAUUCCACACCCACAUCUUUUUGUGUAUGCCUCCACUGCUCCCUGUUCGAGAGCUGCUGCUCCUG